UAUGCCCACGGCUCUCUGCCUCCUUCCAACAUCCAUCUGCUCCGGAAAGAGGCAGAGCAGAUCGAGAAGGCCAUUAUUGAUGCACUGGAAUGUCAACUAGCACGACUCCAAGACCGUCUCGCUAUGAUCAAUGGCAGUCUAUCUACAGUCAUUUACCCCGUCAACACUCUUCCUGCCGAGAUUCUCUGCAAAAUAUUCGCGUUCGCCGUGUCUUCCUCUCUCGGGAACGACAUCACUCGCACACUGUUACUAAUUACUUCCGUAUGCCAACGCUGGCGUCAGGUUGCCAUCGCCGACCCAAGAUUGUGGACGAAUGUCGGCUACUUCGUCAGGCGCUUCGAUCGGAAUGAGCCUGAUUGGUUGCUUCGACACUUUCUGUCGCGCGCAUUAGGACACCCCAUCCGUCUAGCCCUCUCCUUUGCAGCCGCAUAUAGCAGAGUAAACGUGCUACCCCAUCAUUUCUUCUCAUCUGCUCGUCAAUGGAUGGAAGCAGACAUCACCGGUCCUUCGAAUGAGGGCUGGGCCUUCCAUCCCUCCGACCUGCCAUUGGCUUCCGCACUCGACCUGCCUCAUUUGGAGAAGCUUUCUCUGGAUGUGCGGAUUCACGUUGGAGUGCCUCCGCGCCCCAUGUUCCAGAAUGCACCUCGUCUUCGCGAGCUAUCCAUUCGCCAACCACUCCACAUUCUGCAGCUCUCGUUUCCCGUCUACCAGCUGCGAAAACUCACGAUCCUCCACGGCAGCAACACGGCCGCAUGCAGUCACAUCAUCUCGGUGUUGCCCAAGCUAAUCGCUUUGGAGGACCUCACAUUACCCUCACUGAUUGACGACAUGUCGCACGAGUCUCCGACCCCCUUCCCAAUGCAUCGCCUGGAGACGCUAGCGCUGUUCGGCUGUAGCAGCAUCGUCUUACCCCACCUUUCCAUGCCAUCUGUGACCUCACUCCAACUUUCGGAACUCAGCACUUACAUUGCUCUGAGAAGUUUGGAUUCGCUCCCCGGCAUCGUCUCCGUGUCACUUGUUGGCAGCCGCCCCAGCACAUUCGGUGUCGUGCUAAACACCGCCAUGUUCACCCCAGUUAAACACCUCACGGUUGAUGCAUUCCCCAUGGCCCCGCCCAAUGCCACACAGUGUGCCACCGAUCUUGGAACUCUCCUACCGAACCUUGAGUCGUUCACCGUCCGGAUUCCGCCUUCCAUGACCUCCGCCAGCUCCCGGUCAGUCCUACGCCCAUUCAUCGAUGGAAUCGUCAUGCGCGCCAAUAUCGCACGCGCUGCUGGCGUCACAGCCAUGAAGCUCACCCAUUUCAUCGCCGACUUUGCGCCCUUAACUGUGCAGCCUGUGCUGUUUCCCGAAGACACACGUGACUUGAAGCACCUCCAGCAAACGACGAAUAUACAGAUCUCGAUGCCAAACGGAUAUCCGGCUCGAAAAAGGUGGCGGUUACAGGCAGGCAACAGCAACGAGGAGCAUACGGAGGAGCUCAUCCAAGAGGUGAAUUCAAAAAAUCCACUUGUAAUUGGGUAG